AUGAUAACAGUGAUAAGCCAUGCCGGCGUUCCCCCCGCUCCGAAGUUCGGCGUUCUGUCGGCUUAUCUCCUGUCAAAGCAUCCUUGCCUGUCAGCCAGUCCAGUCCCCCCCGCAUCUCAGUCAACAACCCCCGAGACCCCCGAGGCAACGCAACAUAGAGGAAUAGCGACAAGAUCAGCAGCACUGCAUCCCCAGAAAGAGAGACAGAGCCUAAACUUCGUACCGGGAGCAAUGGACCCUGAAUCUAGUGCGUCUCCAAGACGGCUGUCGCUCAGCAGCAGACACGGCAUCGGCCGCGACAUUGCAAAGACCAUUUCGGCACGGAAAAAGGUCAAGUGCUCGGGAGACGCGCCGUGCACGUACUGCAACAGACGCGACCUGGAAUGCAAGUUCCCCGAGCCGGAUCCGAAUCCGGCGUCGGGCUGUUCUGAUAUCGUAGUAGUAGGAUCCAGGAUCUCCAAGAACGGCUGGCUCGAGUCCCCGAACCGGCCUCCGACGAGGGCGACGGUGCAGACUCCCACGGACAAUGCCACGCAGGUCAACGCUGCUUCGACGCUGCUCGGGUUGGCGCUUGACCAACUCACAUCCCCUCCGCCGGCGACCGCCUUCUCAAGAGGCAGCGCAAGCAACGUGGUUGGGUCGUCACCAGGGUCCGUCAUACCGGCCGACUCCUCGCUGAGCUCCAGCCAUAACUUCGGCUCACGCCUCCAGAAUCUCUUGGAGCAUCCACGACUAGGCCGGCGAGAUCCCAUCCAUCAACCGACCCAACCAGUCCACCCGACGACGGCUUAUCCGGCCGCCCCCAAGCCCCGCCUCGAUGACGCGCCCCCGCUCCCCUCCGAGGAAGAAGCCCGCAGGCUCUUCGACAGCAUGACCUUCUUCAUCGGGUACACCCAGCACCACGUGGACACGCGCGAGUUCUCGGACCGCCUGGCCUUCUUCUAUGCGAACCUCGGCGACGCCGCGCAGGCGCAGACGCAGACGCAGACGCCGUGGUACCUCGAGAUGCUCCUCGUCUUCGCCAUCGGCAAGCUCUUCUCGGGCACCUUUGACGGCGACGAGAGGGGCGGACGGGGCCUGCCCGGCUCAAGCCUGUUCGCCUACGUCCAGGCGAAGCUACCGAGCCUGAGCGAGCUGUACGGGCUGGGCAGGCUGGGGAUCGAGAUGCACGCGCUGGCGGCGGUGUACCUGCAGAACGCGAACCGCAAGGAGGAGGCCUAUCUCUAUAUCAGUUCCGCGCUCCGGCUGGCAACAACGCAUGGUUAUCACCGCAAGACGGCGACGCAUCACCUGCUGCAGUCGGAAAAGGUGCACCUGAACCGGUUAUGGUGGACCGUGUACAUGCAGGAGAGGCGUCUUGCUGCCGCAACGGGCAAUCCUUCGGGCAUCUCGGACGAUGUCAUCGAGGUUGACAUGCCCACUGACUCGCCGGGCUUUCCGCCGGCCCUGCCGAUCAGGACCAACAUCAAGAUCGCAAGGGUCACUGGCAGGAUCCUGUCAACAAUCUACGGGCCGGGCACGCAUCCCGAGGAGACCUUCGUCCCGAACGUCCAGGAGGUCGUGCAGUCGCUGUACUGGAUCGCAAAGGAGAUACCGGGGGAGCUGUCGUCGCACAUGACGGACCUGGCGUCUCUGGAAGCCGACGUGUCGCUGAGGACAUCGGCGUACCUUCACAUGAUGCUUUACCAAGCGAUCCUCUUGACGAUCCGGCCGGUGAUGCUCCACGUGUCGAAACUCAUAUUCGACGAGGAAAGCGGCGACGGCGGCGGCGAACUGAACCUGCGCGCUUCGCCGCUUGGGCGACUGGGCCGGACGUGCUCGGAGGCGGCGCGCCGGUUGCUGGAGGUCCUGAUGUCUCUGAGGAAGAGGAACAUCCUGACAACUUUUGGCUUCUUCGACCUCGACGCCAUCUUCUCGGCGGCGUUCAUCAUGAUCCUGACGCUCAUCGUCGACUCGACGUGCGACGAGGGCCAAAGGCUGGCCCCGAGGCCCGGUCUGUCGGAAGCCCUGGAGAUACUCGACUUCCUCGCGGGGCGGGGCAACGAUUUCGCUCUGCAGCGGGCGCGGGAGGUGCGUCGGAUGCGGGACCACCUGUCGACCUUCCUGGACAUUCCCAAGAACAGCCCCAGCGAGUUCCGCGCGAACCGGCCGGGCACGUCAGGCGUCAUGGAAGGUCAGCCGGUGGCGACGACGACGUCGACUGUGGUCGCUUCGACACCGGGAUACGACGUUGAAGAGGCGCGGGUGCGGCAGCGAGGGUUUCCCGAAUCGACGACCGAGAGGUCCACCGAUAGAGGCGGCCCGACGCCACCGGGGCGGGCCAGCAAGCUGGGGUCCAGGAGCCUCCUCGAUUCGAGCCUGUGGAACGAUAUCUCGUACUUGUGGAUGCAGCAGCCGGGGGCGGAGGGGGAGGGGUCCCAAGCGUUUGAGGCGGCGGAGGGGAUGGCGGAUGUACUGCCCGAGGACGCCUACGACUGGAACUCGAUCUUCCACAGCCAGGACCUGACUCUUACGGGCCAGGACCUGGGCGACUUUGGGGAGCUGGAGAGACACCUACUGGGGUUCGGCGGGUGA